AUGCAAACGUCGUCCGUGCGCGCUGAGAUCGACGAGAGCUGCGAGACGCUCAUCUGGAUCACCACGGGCAUCUUCCUCAUCAGCAUCUUCCUCAGCAUACUACGGCCCGAGCCGACGCUUGCCGUCUGCCUCUUUGGAUUUUACGGAGCACAUACGCACUCAAAGGGCGCGGUGCGCGCCUUCUGGGUCUACCUGCUUGUGUCGGUGCUGAUUGACGCGCUGUGGCUGUACCAAUACUCCGCGCUGCAGCCCUUCACGUGGGAGCAGAUGCAGCAGAUGACGCGGCGCGAGCAGGUCGCCGUGGCGCUCACCGCGGUCAACGUGCUCUACAAGCUCGUCGUGGUCGGCGUGAGCGUGCGGCUGCAGAUGCUGCUGGGCGCCUUUGAGGCGGCAGAGCUGCAGGGCGACCGGCCGGGAGACACCUCGGCCGCGGGCGGCACUUCGAACGGCGGGCGCGCGGCCUCGGGCAGCCUCGCCGCGCAGGCGCGCCAACCCGCCCGCCCGCCCGCGGCCGGGGCUCCUCCCACCACCUCCUCACUCUCGCAGGAUGCUUCCGCAAAGGUUUGA